GUUUUUGUUUUUGUUCUGCUGCUCUGUGUGCUGUGCGACGUGCAAGUGGGCUCUGUCGUCGUCGUUGUCGUUCUCCGUCGUGUGUUGCGCCGCGAGUCCCGAACAAAACAAAUCCGCGUCGCAGUCUUUUCCAUACACGUUGUGUUCUGUGCUUUGUGUGUAAUAUUUAUCCAGUUGCGGCGGAACUGGUUCCACGGAUUCGAAAAGUGCUCUACUCGACACCCAGUCGAUCCAAAAAACAGCCUCAAAAUUCACGACAAAAUGAGGAAUUUCAAUUCGCCGAAGUUCGGUCACUCAAUGGGAGACGAUUCCGACGACGAUGAGUUCGAUUCUGGGACGGAGCCGGAGUUUUUGAUGGAACCGUACGUGCUGGAGGAGUUUCCAAUAAUGGAGGAGAUUGAAGGAGACGAGGUGGAAGAAGAUGAAGGAUCGGAUUAUAAUCCCAAUGAAGAGAUUGUUAUCGGGACGUCGUCAAGUGACGAGGACGAUUCGGAUGAUUCAGAUUCCGAUAAAGACGACGAAGCGGGAAAUGCUGGCGGAGCAGAGGGAGAAGAUAGCAGCACGAAGAACUCGGUUCCCAAGCGUGUCAUUGACGAUUACGAUGAGGAAAUGGAGGAAGAUGAAGUGAUCAAAGCGAUCAUCACAGAGAUCAAGAAGCCAAGAUCCAAGCCUCCGGACAUAAAAACGGAAGACUUCGUGACGGACCUGUGUUUUCAUCCGGACCAGGACAUCCUGGCAGUGGGAACGACCACCGGUGACGUAAUUGUCUACAAGUUCACAAACGACGAGUGCACCAUCAUGAACACGCACGAGGCCCACACCAAAUCGGUUCGGGACGUGGAAUUCAACCCAGACGGAGAUGUACUAAUUUCCACUGCAAGGGACCGAUCUAUCAUGGUGACGGAUGUGGAAACGGGCAAAUUGAAACGAUUUUGGGACGACGCCCAUGAUGAACCGGUCUACACGAUGAGCAUGAUCACCGAACAUACGUUUGCCACCGGGGAUGACGACGGAGUGCUCAAGCUGUGGGAUCUGCGGCAGAAGGAACCGAUCUUCAAGCUAAAGGAAGUGGAAGAUUUCAUCUCCUGUAUCAUUACGAACGAGCAGAAGAAAUACCUGCUGAUGACAAGUGGGGACGGUUACCUCACGACUAUCAACAUACCGCAAAGAAAAAUGUACGUUCAAUCCGAGCCGUACGAGGAGGAACUCACCUGCAUGGGUGUGUUCCGGAAAGACAGCAAACUCGUGGUCGGUUCGUCGAAAGGAAAUUUUUACACCUUCAACUGGGGACAGUUUGGCUACCACUGUGAUGCUUUUAUCGGUCCAAAAGCGGGCGUCAACAAAAUGGUCCCCAUCACGGAAAGGAUAGCCGUAACCGGCGGCGAGGAUGGCAUUCUCCGGGCGAUGCACCUGGUUCCGGGACGAGUGCUCGGCGUAGUCGGACAGCACUCGUUGGCCGUCGAAACGAUCGACAUCAACAGCACCGGGGAGUUGAUCGCUUCCAGCUCGCACGACAACGACAUUCGCUUCUGGAAUAUCAAGUAUUUCGAGGAGUUCGACGACAUCAAGUACAACAGCAAACCGGACAAAAAGGCGAUGACGCACAAUCUGCCCUCGUCAAAGCAAACCAACGCAGCGGAUUUUUUCUCCGGAUUGGCCGGCGAUCAAAGCGGGAGCGAGGGCGACUGAAGUGGUCCGGGAAGAUCAUCGGAGGGUUUCGGUUAUUACCGAUGAAAUAGUGAUUGACUAUUGAGUUGUUCGGUCUCAUCAAUCGGUAAGUUUGUCAUAUUCUUAGUUGAGCAGCAAGUGUUCAUCGCAAAUUGUCUAUAUUUUCCGUAAUGAAGGUUGUUAAGAGUUUAUGUACGUAUUA